UCGAGAGGACCGCUGGCUCUGGCUUUACUGUACCACCACAGGAGGAAAGUCGGAACAGCCGAAAUUUGUUUGAGUGCGGGUGUUUUCUUCCUGCUCUGUCGUCGCAAGAGAUAAAAUGCCAGGUGCCUACGCACUGGAAAAAAGCAGCCAAAAAUCUCUGUAUCAGAGACCCAAGAAGGACCAUAGAGUAACUGAAGGUUUCACAGUGAAAGCCAUGAUGAAAAAUUCCAUUGUGGUCGGACCUUCAUCUGCAGGAUCUUUCCGAGAAAGACCCAGUGGACCCACAGCAUUUCGGAAGUGUUAUAAACGAGGUGAUUUCCCAAUUGCCCUAGAACAUGGUUCACAGGGAAAUCGAAUAGCCUGGAAGGUGGAGAUUGAGAAAUUAGAUUACCACUAUUAUCUACCUCUUUUCUUUGAUGGUCUCUGUGAUACCAUGCACCCAUAUGACUUCUUUGCACGCCAGGGGAUACAUGACAUGCUGGAACAUGGAGGCAUGAAGAUUCUUCCUGUUAUUCCUCAACUUAUCAUCCCAAUAAAAAAUGCGCUUAACACUCGGAAUAAGCAAAUCAUUUGCAUCACGCUGAAAGUCCUCCAGCACCUGGUUGUAUCAGCUGACAUGGUGGGCGAGGCGUUAGUGCCUUAUUAUCGACAAAUACUCCCCAUCUUCAACAUUUUCAAGAAUGUGAAUGUCAAUUCAGGAGAUGGAAUAGACUACAGCCAGCAGAAAAGAGAAAAUAUUGGAGAUCUAAUUCAGGAGACUCUGGAGAUCUUUGAGCUGUAUGGAGGAGAAGAUGCCUUCAUUAACAUCAAGUACAUGAUUCCAACGUAUGAGUCAUGCAUUUAUAAUUGAACUAAAUAAACCAGUUGAAGAAGUAUGCUGCAUUAAUUUAUGUAACUGGGAAUUUUGUAAAUGCAAAUGCAUCAAUUACACCAUAAAAUUAACUAUAAUUGUGUUCUUGUUUUCUUGAUUAUUCUUUAAUACAUCCCCCUCUGCAUUGCAUGUAUGAAUUUAAACUGCCACUGGA